AUGAUCCGCCAUGACCAUUCCCGAGUCGAUACCAAGCGUCGUGCCAAUCUCGAUUACAAGAAGCGACAAUUUGCCAAAGCAGAAUUCCAGCAACAGAACUACCAGCACCGGCUGAACUUCUAUGUGCUGCCACCCACAGCCGAAAUCACGCUCGAGGAGUUUGAGACGUGGGCAAUCGACCGAUUGAAGGUCCUCUCCGAACUUGAAGCAUGUAGUUUCCGCAACAAGAGCCCUGAAGAGACGGCUGAAUACAUGAAGAGCAUACUCGACAAAUACCUACCACUUCGAUCAGACUCAUCGAGAAGCCAGAAAUUACAGGAAGAGAGGCGAAGGGACCACUAUUCACACUUCAUACUUAGGCUUGCGUUUUCGUCAACAGAGGAUCUCCGCCGGCGGUUUUCGCGGCUAGAGACAAUGCUGUUCACACUACGAUUCAAAGAUGACGAUAUACGAGAGCGACAGGAUUUCGUAAGGAGUCUGAAUCUUGAGUGGGAGGAGGUCAAAGAGGAAGAGAAGCGCGAAUUGAAGGACGACCUACAUGCUGCGAGCGGUAUCAAGAAGACUGAAGAUCAGGAGUGGUUCAAAGUCGACUGGGAAAGAGUUCCAGAACUUGUUGCACAGAGAAAGGUCCUGUUGAGAAGGGGCAUGGCUUAUGUUCCGCAACGAGAGCAGAUGAGCUUGGUGGUGGCCGAGUUCACAAAGAAACUAGACGAGGCGCUUGAAUUGACAGCACGAGCACUUCCUCGCCUCGACGAAGACGACCGCCUUGCACCAAUUCUUGCCCAUCUUUCUCAAUCAUUCACAGCGCCCGACGCCGCAUACUCGACGUCAGAUGCCGAUAUCAACGGCCUCUCUACCAUCACCGCUAACAGCAUUGAUACACUGUCACAAAAUUUCCCGCUCUGCAUGCGCAAUCUACACAUGACAUUACGCGAGAACUCACAUCUCAAGCACUACGGCCGUCUACAGUAUACUCUAUUCCUGAAAGGCAUCGGCCUGAGCUUGGAUGAGUGUCUAGUAUUCUGGCGGCGAAGCUUCAAGCUGAUCACAGACGAGAAAUUCCAAAAAGAAUACAAAUACAACAUCCGCCACGCCUAUGGCGAUGUAGGUGGAGAUGCCAACCGUCGUGGCCGCGGCUACACCCCUUACUCGUGCCAAAAACUUCUCACAGAACCUCUUCCUGGACCAGGACAGUCACAUGGCUGCCCAUAUCGUACCUUUACACCGGACAACCUACUCACGCUCCUCCAACGUGUUGGCGUUAACGACCGCGAUACUCUCAAGACAGUCAAGGAAGAUGUUGUCAAGCAGAGGUACCACGUAGCUUGCAAUCGCAUCUUCGAAUGGAGUCACAAGAAGGAAAUCAAAAAGGUCAAGGACGACGGCAGUUGGAGCAACAAUGAUCUGGAUACCAUUGUCCAUCCCAACACGUACUUCAAGCGAAGUUGGCUACUGAAACAUCUCGGAGAGGGGAAUGCGGGCAUUGUCAACGGCGGAGACAAGAUGGAAGAGUAG